UCCGCAUAAAAAAUAGCACCGAUCUAAAUCCCAUGAUGCUCAUGACUGUAAAGAUGGAGGACCUGGCGGUCGAAGUACGCGGCGAAAACGGAGCCCACUAUAAGGCCUUCGUCGUCGACGUCCACGAGAACGACAUCACAGUCGCGUUCGAGAAUGACUGGCAGCCACCAAACAAGUUCCCGUUCCAACGAGUGCGACUGCCAUCGAGCGCACGUGGUGAUGAAAUCUUUACCGAAGGCCAGGAAGUGGAAGUGUUUUCUAAAGCCAAUGAGCAGGAGGCCUCUGGUUGGUGGGAGGCGCGGGUCAAGAUGACCAAGGGCGACUUCCAUGUCGUGGAAUACCAGGGCUGGGACACAGCCUACUCGGAGAUUGUACCUUCUGACCGCUUGCGGCCAAAGAACCCCAACCCGCCAAUCACCAAGAACACAUUCAGCAAGUUUGAGUUGGACGUGCCCGACGACCUACGUGAAUACUGUGGCAGUUCCAAGGAUGACUCGGCCCACAAGGAGUUCAAGAAGGCCAUUGGGGCGGCUGUGGUUCGGUACAUCCCUUCCAAGCAGUGCCUCAUGGUUAUCGCCCGCUCAGAGGCAGCCAAGAAACGGGCUGAAAUGAUGAGUGAAAUCUAUUACCGGAACCUACGGCAGAAGUUGAUCCUGCUCAGUAAGACAGAGGAGGCUGCCCGACAACUUGAGAGUCGUAAGUCUUCUCAGAGAGGCGACCCCAAUUCAAAGCAAAAGAGCACGCGCCUCCAGUCAAGCUCCGGGUUCGUGGAGGAGUUCAGUGUGCGUGAGGACCUGAUGGGCCUGGCCAUAGGGGCACAUGGAGCCAACAUCCAGAAUGCUCGGAAGCUGGAUGGUGUCACGGGCAUUGAACUCCAAGAGGCUACCUGCACCUUCAAGAUAUUUGGCGAGACGGAGGAGUCGGUGAAAACAGCACGGGGCAUGCUGGAGUACGCAGAGGAGUCCAUCCAAGUGCCUAGGCUAUUGGUCGGCAAGGUUAUAGGAAAAAAUGGCCGCAUUAUCCAGGAAAUGGUGGACAAGUCGGGUGUGGUGCGGGUCAAGAUCGAGGGCGACAACGAGAACGAGAGCCCCCGAGAAGAGUUACCCCAUUCUACAUGGCAAGGAAAAGCGGAUGCAUCAGACAUUAUUGGGCCCUCAAUGGUACCCUUUGUAUUUGUGGGCACAGUGGAAAGCAUUGGCAAUGCCCGCAUCCUCCUCGAGUAUCACCUGGCGCAUCUCAAGGAGGUGGAGAAGCUGCGCCAGGAGAAGCUUGAAAUUGACCAGCAGCUUCGGAGCCAGCUGGGUGCUCCUCCGAUGGGAGGUGGGGGCCGCCGGGGGGGCCUGAGCUACCACCCCGCCUCUGAGCACCACGAGGGGGGUCCUCCUCCACCUGCUAUGGGCCGAGGGGGCCGAGGCCGGGGGGGUGCCCCUCGAGGAGGCGGUGCCCCCUGGGGCGGUAGGCGCUGGGCUGCCGGGGGAGACAGCGGGGGACGCUACGGCUCCUCUGCAGGGCUGUCGCUUGCAGGCUUCAGGUCCGACAGACAGAAUGGUCCUCCUGAGCUGCCCAGGCGAGGCGGAGGAGGUGGAGGGGGCCGCGACCGCCGCCGAGUGACAGACGAGGAUGAGUCGCUGCUGGACAGCCACGAGGUGUCAAGUGUGGCCAGCCUGGACAGGGAGAGUGUGACUUCAACAGAAGGGCCACGCAACCGACGGCCCAAUCAGAAACGCCGGCCCAGGCGCUAUGGUGGCCCUGAGGGGGGUCCCCAGCAGUCACAGUCACAACAGUCACAGCAACAGGCAGGCAGUGGGGACCGAGUGGCCGCACGCAGCUUCUCUGAGCCUCGUGACGCCAAGGAAGGCAAUGCGGCCCAGCCGCUGCCUCCGAGGGACCGCAAGUCCGAGCCAAAGGAACGGCCAGCCACUCGCAAGGUGAAUGGUGAGGUACGCACGGACGCAGCGACACCUGCUCCAGCAACAACUGGUGCACCAGCCAAGACCAGGCCACCACGCCAGGAUGAGGCCUCCCUGGUGAAUGGCGCCAAGUAGGAGGGGACAGAACCAAGACCGUGGUCAAAAUUUCUGCUGCUCGUGUGCGUGAGAAGAGGAGAGAGUGUAAAGCAUGCCGGCCGCACAGCAAUACGCGCCGGGGCCCCACUGCUUUACAUUGAGUGGCAUUAGCUUCUCCGACUAUUUAUUUUUUUGGUUUGUAAUGUUCCGCGUGGCAUGUUUUUUCUCACCUUGUUCAUCCCCCUUUGUAAAUAAACUGGAAACGAGAAAGCUCUCCCUCUCGGUCCCCCUUCUCUCUUUUCUGUCUCCUGCGCAACACUAGUUUUUCUGCAAUGCGGGCAUGAGUUGUGAGGAUUUCAAUGUGCUGCCUGCUUAUCGCUCUCUAGGGUCAGAAGCACACCUUCGUGUCUGCGGUGUGCAUGUACUUUGCUCCACAGUCGCUAGAGAAGGCUGUCGCAUCAUGCGCACUACUUCAGAAGGCUCCUUGACGAAAUGCACUGGAGCAGCAGAAGCAGUUCUAAGCUUGUAGGCAGAGGCGUGCAAAGUGCAGAUGUUGACUCCUCACUUUGUGCGAGUCUCUCUGUGGUCAAUUUUACGUAAACAAGGAUACUACAACAUUUGAGGUCAGAGCACAUGCAUAGUUGCGUUAACGUGGCAUGUGCUCACUCUCACACUACAACUACAGUUGCCAUUAAAGCUGUCACCUUUUCGUGUCCUCCAGGCUACUCUUCUAAGGAAAGAGACCUGUCCUACAAUGUUGCACGUGUAUCAACUUGUGUAAGUGCGCUUACCUCUGAAGCAACUAAAGCUGCAUGAUUUGGGAUUUCAUGGUUAUGCCUGCAUUUAGCUGUCCGGUGCUGCAAUGUAAGCAUCUUUUCCAUAAGCUGCUGGCAGCCAUUUGUGUCGCAUCUUAAAGAAAUGUGGAGCUUGGGUUUUGUUCCAUCUUUCACCCCUGAAAAUUGUUUGUACUAGUGAUUUCAAAAGCAGCUUUUGCCACAGGUAUCAAACCUUUUCGAUAUUUGUGACCAGAGCUGUGCAAGGUCUGCCUCCCAUUUCAGUCCCCCACUAAGGCUUUUUGCAUGGCACAUGGUGGGCUUUCCACUGGUCUAAGGAGUCAAUACCCAGGCCUCCUCCUCAACCACAGGAUGUAGUGUGGCAAAUGAACACCCUUGUUGGCAUGGGGACGUUGAAGCAGUGCGCGGCAUCCACUGACCAGCAGUGCCUGAAGACUAGCCUUGAUGCUUCCAGCACCUGAAGAUUACGCAAAAUGGGUGUGCCAUUUGGGCCAAAAAUUGAGUGCCGCGAGGAAGCCUUGACCAUGUCUUUGUCUUGGUGGUUUGGCGCCACCGGUACUUCAAGGAGAAGACAACCGUAGACCCAUGAACAGAGUCCAGUGUGUGCGUUGCCCACACUGGGAUGUUAGAGGGGUCCCAUCCAUGGUGUCACUUGCCUGGUUCGACACAGUCGAAACACACUGGGCCACUCUAGUGCAUCGUUGUGCAAGGCGAUGCGAAGUUUGUUGUGAACUCUAAAAGGGGUUCCAUUUUGUGUAGGUGGUGAGGACUGUGGUAAAGAACAUUGCAGUUUGUUUCUUGGCUGUGCUGAGGUUUGUGCUGCCCCUUUUAAUUCUAUGCGUGUGUGCGAUUUUCUCUCAAGUGGACGAUUCCCCAUAAUAGCGCAAACUGCACUGUAAAUAUCCAAGCAGCUUGCCACCAUGUUCCUGUAAAAUAAAAACGUUGUGCUCCUUGGA